CUCCUCUCCGUCGGCUAAGUCUGACAGCGCUAUGUCGUGCUGUCUGAUCGAGUUUUGUCGGGUCCAAGAGCUCAAGACGGUCCGGGAGUUCUUGUUCUCGGGCCAGCAAACGAGCACAUUAGGCACCGACUUCAGCCAAACAGAUUCAGUGGGAAUGGGGGGUCCGAGCUGCAGCCGGAUGCAGAUGCUGGAAGGCGGUUGUGUGAAGGAGCGGGCUGAUGCAGCAAAGAGCCGAGGCGCUUGUCCACAGAGAAGGAACUGAGCUGGGAAGACGCAGACUGGGGGUCUUGGGAGAAGGAUGAAACCAAGGAAGAUGUCAAGCCCGAAGAGGAGAGUGAGAAGCAGAGCGCCCCCUGGCUGUACGACUGUGUGGUGUCCCUGUCACCUUGCUCCGACCUGCUGGUCAUCGCCCGCAAGCACAAGGCCGUUUUUCUGUCGGCUAAGUGGCGGACGGACGAGGUGGGACGAGACGAGAUGACGCUGGCCGUGUCCUGGAGCGGGACGCUGAGCACCGAGGACAUGGAACGUGUGACCAGCGCCAUCUGCAUCCCACUGGCCAGCCAGAAGAGGAGCUCUACCGGCCGUCCCGACUGGACCUGCAUAGUAGUGGGCUUCAGCACCGGAUACGUGCGCUUCUACACAGAGAGUGGCGUGCUGCUCCUGGCGCAGUUGCUGAAUGAGGACUCGGUGCUGAGGCUCAAGUGCAGGACUUAUGAGAUUCCUCGCCACCCUGGGGUCACAGAGCAGCAUGAGGAGCUGAGCAUCCUGUACCCGACGUCCCUGGUCACCAUUGAUGGCUUCAGCCUCUUCCAGUCGCUGCGGGCAUGCAGGAACCAGGUGGCACGAGCGGCAGCGGCAGGAAAUGACAUGGUGCAGCCCCCGCCCCUGGCCUACAAGAAGUGGGGUCUCCAGGAUAUGAACGCCAUCGUAGACCACAGCAGCGUGGGUAUCAUGACGCUGUGUGUGUUUGACCAGAUGAGGAACGCCUCUGUCUUGGGGGGCUUCCAUGCAGCUGUGAAGGGCAGCCCCCCCGCCAUGUGCCAGUACAUCACCGUGGGUGGGGGGCCCUUCACAGGAUUCUACUAUGCUAUAGAGGGCAGUUCCCAGCCUCUCCUCUCCCACGUGGCUCUAGCUGUGGCCAGCAAGCUCACUUCUGCCCUCUUCAGUGCUGCCAGCGGCUGGCUCGGCUGGAAGCACAAGCACAAGCACGAGGAGGACCCGGCCCAGAAGCAGAAGCCCAAAGUGGAGCCAGCCACUCCCCUCGCCGUCAGAUUUGGACUGCCGGACUCGCGGCGCCAUGGGGAGUCCAUCUGCCUGUCGCCGUGCAACACGCUGGCCGGCGUGACUGAUGACUUUGGGCGGGUCACCCUACUGGACGUGGGGCGGGGGAUCGCCAUCCGCAUGUGGAAGGGGUACCGGGAUGCCCAGCUGGGCUGGGUGCAGGUGUGCGAAGGGCGGGGUGAGCGGGAAAAGGCCACCUCCCCCUCUUUGCCUCGCCGCCACGCCCAGUUCCUGGUCAUCUACGCGCCACGCCGUGGCAUCCUGGAGGUGUGGGGCACCCAGCAGGGUCCCCGUGUGGGGGCCUUCACCGUGGGCAAGCACUGCCGGCUGCUGUACACAGGCUACCGGCUGAUGGGCGUGAACAGUGUCACCAGCCAGGGCUGGCAGCUCCACACCCAGCAGCUGUGCCUGUUGGACCCGGCCACCGGAGCUCUGCGGACGGUCACCGUGCCCUUUCACCUGGCCCUCAGUGAUAAGAAGAGCGAGCGAGCGAAGGACAUGCACCUGCUGAAGAGGUUCAACGCGCUCCUGAGGAGCAGAGGGAUGGAGCCAGACAUCCUGGAGAGCGAAGCCCAGAGUGUCCUGUUGGAGAUCAAGCACCCCGCCAUUAAGAAACAGGCACUAGAAUCCUUGCUGUCCAAUAAGAAAGCUCCAGUCUCAUGCCUGAUCAACAUAACUCGCGCCUUAUUGGACAGCUUAAAGAAGCAAGACCCUGAGGCUGUGGAUGAGAUCCUCCUGCAGCUCUGCUCCUCCCAGCUGCGGCUGCUGCAGAUGUACACUGACAUCAUGGCCCUCCAUUCUGCUAAGCCGCCCCCCAGGGGCCAGGAUACUGACCCGACUCUCACCCAGCAGACGGCCUGCAGCGGAAUAGACGACGACCUCGCCCGCGUUGGGCCGGUCCUGCAGCGGUACACAGAGCUGCUGUCCCGCCCCUCCGUGUCCUUCGCCCAGGACCCCGAGGGUCAGUUUCCCGUGCAGAGCUUCCUGUCCCAGCUGGAGGCUGAGGGUGGAUCCCUGCGAGUCGUCCGGGGCCAGAACACCGACUGGACACAGCUGGGGAGCUUCUUAUUCUGGGGCUGCCUGUGUGGACAGAGCCCACCGCAGAAGGUCUGUGACAUGCUUCAAGAUACUGGAAUCAGCCCCCAGGACCUGCUGGCUCUGCUCCUGAACGUGUGGCUCGACCGAGAGAAGGAGGUACUGCAGAACCCCCAAGCUGUCUGGCACCUGCACUCCCUCAUCGCAGCCCUGAGCGCCAUGACGGGGGCCGUGGAGGAUUCGUGGGACCUGCAGUGUGUGUCACCCUGGUGGCAGCAGGUCCGCACUGCAUGUGUCCAGUCAGAGAGCGCUGGCGCCGCCCUACUGGUAGCCCUGGUCUCCCACCGAGCCGCCAAGAACUCUAUCACCAGCCUGGCUGAGAAAAAGUCUUUCCGUUUCCAGUUCCAGUCGGACUGGGAAGCUGUCUCUCUCGAGCUGGAGCAGUGGGCAGUGUGUGUGAGACAACUGGAGGACCUACUGGCUCUACACACACUGCUGUGCCUGCCGGGCCCGCGGGGGACACCAGGGGGCGCCCUGGCGCGCUGCUCCGUCAAGGCCCUUCUGGAGAGUGGCACAGGAGGUGUGGCUGACAGCGUGGCAAAGUGGGUGUUCAGGCAGGACCUGAAACCGGCCCUGCUUAAGGGUAUCCUGGAGACGAGGGGAGCAGCAGAACCCCGAGAAAACCCCUCUGAAGGCGAGAAGAAUCCGGAGGGUGCGAGUUUCCAGAAGGCAGGCGAGCUGCUGGUCCCUGUGUGCCAGCGAUUCCCAGUCUCCCUGUCUCCCGACAUCCUGUUUGCUCACUGCUGCUGGGAGUAUGUGGUGCAGUGGAACAAGGAUCCGGAGGAGGGGCGGUACCUUUCCUGGGCUGUCGAGCACCUCAAGUUGAUCGCCAACCCUCACAUCCAACUGGGCAUCUCCAUCAUGAUGUGGAACACCUUCAUCGUCAACCGCUUCUCCGCCGCCGCCUUCCUCAUGGAGAAGGUGGGAAAGGCCCCGAAGGACAGGCUGUGCCGCAGGGAUGUGGGGAUGGGAGACGGUGCCAUGACAUCUUUCCUAGGCUCUUGCACUCAACUGCUGCAGACCCUGGUAGAGGCAGAUGCCGGCAUAGAGGAGGUGCCCCCCCCAGAGCUGUGCGUGGAGGAGGUGUGGAUGGGGGCUGAGGGCCCGGCCUCUAUUGCUGAGCUGGCGCUGGAGCAGAGGUCUGUGCACUACCCCCUGGUCCAGCACAACUGCCUGCUGGCCUCACUGCUGCACGCUGCCAUGGCAUUCGGCAUCCGCGUCAAACCGCUGAGCCUAUUCGACAGCAAGGGAAGGACCGCCUUUUUCAGAGACCUGACCUCCAUACAGCUGCUGCCUAGUGGGGACAUGGACCCCAGUUUCGUCUCACUAAGGCAAGAGUUCCUCCUGAAGGUGCUGACAGCCUGGGUGAAGACCCAGGUGGAGGGGGCAGAUCCGCCGCCGCUGUGCCCGGGCCCCCCAGAUAACUCGUGGGCCUCGCUGUGCCUGGACCUGGCCCCCUUGCUGCAGGUGAACCCCGACGUUCUGCGGAGGCACCUGGUGUGUCAGCUGUACAGCCACGGCCUGGACCUGCGCGCGGAGGAGGUGGCGCUAGAAGUGGAGGACAAGGAUGUGCUGGGCUCGCAGCUGCUGGUGCUGACAGGCCAGCGGCUCUCCUACUCGCUGCUGCACACACAGACGCGGCCCGGUAUGGAGCUGCUGGCCCGGCUGCCGCCCACGCUGUGCACGUGGCUGAAGGCCAUGGACCCCAGCGAGCUGAGCUGUCCCUCCGUGUCCCUGUCCCUCACCAGCCGCAUGGUGAGUCGGGUCAUUGAGAUUCUGCCUGAGAACCACGCCCAGUACACACUGGCCCUGCACCUGCUGGAAGCCGUCGACGCCCUGGGUCCCGAGGCGUGAGAGGAGGCUGUUUUGCAAAGGUGGAAACAGGGUUGAUGGCUGGUUGUUCCAGUGGGGCAGUACGAUCGGGCCAGAGGCCUCUGUCUCUUGUCUCUUUCUAAAGAUACUUGUAUUAUAGUAAAAUUUCUUAUUUUUUUGCUAAUAUUUAUAUGCUGUACUGUACUGUAUUAGCUGUGCCCCUGCCCUCCUGUUCUGUAGAUCCAGGCCUGGCAGAAUGUAACACUUACAUCCACAGAAUAAAGAGGCUUUAAACUCCA